AUGGAUGCUCCGACUUUCUGCCGCGAUCUCGAAGGGGACGGAAACACUGAGUUCAACGCAAUUUCGGCCCAAACUGAGCGACUCGACUCGGAAUCGACAGCUGAAAAAGCUCCUCCGCUGCCGGCCUCCCUGCCGCAAACCGACGAAGAACAACCUUUAGCAACCGGACCGUUUCAGCCGAUAUUACAGCUACUAGCAGAGCUUGAACAGGACAAUCCGGAGCUUGCCUUUCAGGCAACCCGGGUCUUAGGGCCCUACCGACGGCUAUGGGAGUCGUAUAUAUCGAAACGGAUUGGCAGUGAGAGGCUAGAGCAGACCAACCAGGAGUUGAGAAAGGAGAAUAAACGAUUGGAGAAUGAGAAAGGGCUGCUGCUGGCUCAUCAUGACGAGCAUUUAUCCCAGUUUUACCUUCUGAACCAAGCAUUAGAGGUUUCUAGGGAACGACUGAUCAGCAUUCUCAAUGAUUGGGAGCAGUGCUCCCAAAGCCAAGUGGGAGGGCUGAUGAAUUGUGAGAGAGAACAGUAA